GGAUAUGGAUAUUUGAAUUCAUUAAAAAAAAUCGUUUCGGUUUAUUCAACCAAAAAAAUAAAAAACAGAUAAUCUUCCAUUAGCUUAGCUGGGUGCUACUGUACGAUAGAGCAUUGCUCUGUGACGCUGGGGUUUUGCGGAGACGUGUAAUUUUUUGGGCUGGGCCUUAGUUUUGGUUUAUCCGAACCUUUCUUGCCUCUGUUUUGUUUUGCAAUGGUGAUUUAUGUUUGAUUAAACCAAAAGCAUAAACUACACCCAAAUUUCCUUCCUGAGUUACUGUGUUGGAAAAGAAGGGAAUGCUGCAUUGGGAAUUAGAAUGGCUCUUCUCGGAUCAAACAUAAUAGGCGAGGUUGGACUCCGCUUGCUUCUUUGUCCUCAUGGUUCCAACGUUGUAAUUCGAACAACAUGCUGUUCUGUGGGAAUUGCUUUGCCUGUAUACUCUACAUUCAAGGCAAUAGAAAAUAGAGAUCAAAAUGCUCAACAUAGGUGUCUUCUCUAUUGGGCAGCCUACGGCUCAUUCAGCCUCAUUGAAGUAUUUACAGACAAGCAUAUUUCUUGGUUUCCUAUGUACUAUCACCUGAAGUUCGCAUUUCUUGUCUGGCUUCAACUUCCAUCUACCAAUGGAGCAAAGCAGUUAUAUGGUAACCUCCUGCGCCCCUUCUUGUUGAGGCAUCAAGUAAUAAUUUUCAUAUUUCAUUUUUUAGUAAUGGAUGACAAAUUUAAUUUACAAAAAAAUUAACGACAGAAAUCUCUCUCACUCAUCUUAUCCAUCCCUAGUGUUAAAUCUCUGCUAAGGAAUAUACUUUAACUCAGUGGUUUAUAUGCAUUUUAUUACCCUUUUAUUUCUU